AAAAGAAAGAGAUUGAAGAGUAUAUUUGAGAUGCAUUUUGAAAAUGUAAGGAAGUUAUGCAUUGUUAAAAAAGAUAAGUUCACAUAAGAGUAGUCCUAAGUGAGCCCGCCACCACAGUCCACCAAAUCCAUUGCAUCGCUGUCACUCUUCAUCCCCUUUAUAAACCCUCCCUCUCUUAAAACUUCACUCUUCCUACUAACACAACAAAUUCAAAAACAACUCAUUACUCUGUUUUCGUUCAUGCACAUUAACAGAUGACUUCCACUAUGUUGUUGUUCUUGGUUUUGUUCAUCGUACUAUGUCUUUCACAUCCCUCCUUCCAAAUGCUACUCUUGCCACUUACACACACUCUUUCCCAUGCUCAAUUCAACACCACUCACCACCUCUUGAAAUCCACCUCCACCCGUUCCACCGCCCGCUUCCGCCGCCAACUCUCCCUCCCCCUCUCACCUGGCAGUGACUACACCCUCUCCUUCAACCUGGGCCGCCAGGCCCAGCCCAUAACCCUCUACAUGGACACAGGCAGUGACUUGGUAUGGUUCCCCUGCGCCCCUUUCGAAUGCAUUCUCUGCGAGGGAAAGCCCAACGAACCCAACGCCUCUCCGCCAGCCAACAUCACUCGAAGCGUCGCCGUUUCGUGCAAGUCUCUCGCAUGUUCCGCAGCGCACAACUUAGCCCCCUCUUCCGAUCUCUGCGCAAUGGCUCGUUGCCCUCUGGAAUCGAUUGAAACCUCCGACUGUGCCAGUUUCAAGUGUCCCCUGUUUUACUACGCUUAUGGCGACGGAAGCUUAGUCGCGCGUCUGUAUCGUGACUCCCUCUCUCUCUCUUCUCUGUCUCUUAGAAACUUCACCUUCGGUUGCGCUCAUACAGCUCUCGCUGAACCUACCGGAGUCGCCGGAUUUGGCCGCGGUUUGCUCUCUCUCCCGGCGCAGCUAGCCACUCUGUCUCCUCAACUCGGAAACCGCUUUUCGUACUGCCUUGUUUCUCACUCGUUUGACUCUGAGCGAGUUCGAAAAUCGAGUCCGCUCAUUCUCGGUCGUUACGAGGAGAAGGAAAAGGAGAAGAUCAAUGGCGGUGAAAUGGUUGAGUUUGUGUACACGCCUAUGCUUGAAAACCCUAAGCAUCCUUAUUUUUAUAUCGUUAGCUUAAUCGGAAUCUCUGUAGGGAAAAAGAAUAUUCCCGCGCCGGAGAUGCUGCGGCGGGUGAACCAUCGAGGAGACGGUGGAGUUGUUGUGGAUUCCGGCACAACGUUCACGAUGUUGCCGGAGACGUUUUACAACUCGAUUGUUGACGAGUUUGACCGCCGAGUCGAGCGAGUCAACCAGCGCACACAUAAGAUUGAGGAAAAAACAGGACUAGCGCCGUGCUAUUAUUUGAACGCGGUGGCGGAAGUUCCUGUUAUGACGCUGCGUUUUGCUGGAGGGAAUUCCAGUGUGGUGCUGCCUAGGAAGAAUUAUUUUUACGAGUUUUUGGACGGCAGCGAUGAGAAAAAGGGGAAGAAGAGGGUGGGGUGUUUGAUGUUGAUGAACGGUGGAGAUGAGCGUGAGCUGAGCGGUGGGCCGGGGGCCACACUCGGGAAUUACCAGCAGCAAGGAUUUGAGGUUGUGUAUGACCUGGUAGAGAAGCGCGUGGGAUUCGCCAAGAGGCAUUGCGCGUCGCUCUGGGAUAGACUGAAUCGGGACAAGAACUAGCGCAUGCUGCACUCCACACACACUGGAUUCCCUCCCUGUUCCUGCCACGGGUCGGGCCUUUCUGUAAAUUGAAAUAGGGCGGGCUUUUGGGUCAUGCGCUGUGUGUCUACUUAAUAGGAAAGCUAUACACUGUUUCUUUCAAAACUCUGGAUAGUUGUGGAAUGGUAUUGUAAAAAUUGUAAGUAACGUAAAUGAUUCAGAAUAAUAUUUAUUUAUUGAGGCCUGGAA